AUGGAUUUUUUGGGCUGUGGAAAUUCCCCGGUCCUCCCUCCAGCCCUCCUGACUAACUUGUCUCUCCCCUCUAUAAGGUACAAACGAUGCACCGCUAAAGGUAAAGUUAUCGCCCUGCAUCCUGCCACGACAAAUUUACUUUUGUGACGAAUGGCAUCAUAGCUCCCUUUACUCUCGGCACGGAAACUGUGGUCGGAAUUAUUUACGUCAAUCGAUUGAAUUUAACCAAAUGCCCUAAACUUAAGGCAAUCAUUUGGCAUCUAGUGUUUUGUAUAUGCCUUUGUAAUUCAAAUCAAUAAACCGCUUUUUUUGUACGUAGUGUGUUAGAAAUUUUACACUGACAACUCCCCGGUACUGAUAAGUAAGCGGGUCUAUUAAAUUCGCCCAUCGCUUUCAAAGUUAUAGUAGUUUGUUGUCAAAAAGCAAAUUUCGUUGGAAUGUUGAAAAAACCGGGAGCAAAGCAGUUUUACAUUUACCUAGACACGCUGUUAAAUCAUAAUAUUACAUACUUUGAUAACAAUUGCUCCAUCUUUGGAUGACACAAGCUGUCUAUUUUAAAAUUAUACUCACAAAAUCAAUAUCUCAAAAAACACUCCUCAAUUCUCACGUAUUCUUUUGUCUAGUUCCAAAGAUCACAACGCUUCAAAAAAUGAUGACAAGUUCAGAUGUAGUGUAACAGAACAUGUUUGUUCAUCUGGCAUCCAUUUUUAUCUCUCAGAGUGCCCCAUGGCCAGAUGAACUUUACGCAAUGAACGGCUAUUCAAAUCAAAGAUUUGAUCUCAACAUUGUGGUUUAGUUUGAUGAAUUAGUGGGCGAUGAAGAUUUGUCAUUCUGUAUUUUGUAUGAUAUAGAUGUAUUUUGAGACUUUGCAAGCUAUAUAAGACAUUGAUCGGGUCAUUUGGAUCAUACUGGAAAAAGUCACGUAUCCCUUUCGGGGUUUUGUAAAAAAUUAAACUUUUGCUUUUCUAAUCUUUCAUAAGCGGCCUAGAAAAAGGGUUUGAUGAUAGCUUAGGAAGGUGUGGUGAUGACGAUUGUAACAGUAUUUAAAGAAAGUCAUCUUUCAGACAGUCAACGAUGAUCUUCAACGUUUUUCUGCUCCUUCUUCAGGCCGCUCAAGUCCUUGGCUCUCUCAAUGAAUUUACCGUCAACUUGACCUUCUCAAACUUGGGAGCGUCUCGGACUUUUAUCGUAGACUCCUUCAGAGAUAUCGACUUUGUUCUUUCAGCCAAGGAAUUUAGGAAGUCUGCUGGCCUUGAAAACACUUAUGACCAAUCAAAGUCCAAGGGAUUUUACAACACUUCCUACGCAUUCCAAGGAACCUACAAGAUUGAAGACAAUUUCUGCGACGCAUUUGGAUAUUACGCUCGAGAUACGGUGGCCUUAAUCCCCAAUUUAGACAUUAAGGCGACGUUCGGAGUGACUACUUGGAUCAGAACUUAUAAUAAUGCGACGCCGACAAAGAAUUACGAGGAGAAGUGGAGAGCCGGAAGAUUGGCUUUUGCCCAGACCUCGAUAUACAAUACUGAUCCGCCAGAGCACAAGACUAUAUUGGAGAACACGUUGAAUUCAAAUAACAAGGGCUCGAAGAUCGUCUGCUUGCAUAUUUCUGUGGAUGACAAGAAAGGGUAAGCCGAGUUUUUGACUUUACCAGGAAGCUCGCAGAAAAAAGAAAUGUAUACUGGGUUGUCCAGAAAGUUCGUUCGUUUUCUUCAUUCCUUUGUUUUACAAGAAUUAUUUAGUGUUUGGCAAAGGGGAUACAUUUAUUUGAUACAUCUUUUUCUCCUCUACAAAGCUGUAUAUUUGAUCUUUUGCCGGAUUUAAAGAUGUAAGGCUUUUUUUUAUCACCGGAAAGGCAUUGCGGUUUCGUCGCUGAAAGACUUUUUGCCCCAGUGGGCGGCGGAAAAAUUGGAUUUUUGGUAGCACUUCUUUCUCGACAUAGAGUUGACCCAAAAGUUAACUGUUGGUACGGGAUCUAACAUCCGUCACAACGCCGAAUUUUCAAAACUCAGCACCUUGAGCAUUUACAAAAAUACUUGUCAUCCUCAGAACCAAAGAAACCGCCGUCGGAAUCAAUGUUCAAGUCCCUAAAGAUCGUGUACUUGGAACGUAUCAAGGAAACCCCGAAUACAACACUUGGCAUUUUGAUUUGACCUCUCUAAAAAUCGGUGGCAAGAGACAAAAGGUCAAUGAUAUUGCCUUGGCUUACAUUGACACUGCUAAUCCAAAGCUUCAACUGCCAGCCGAAUACAUCGACCAGAUUGUUCAACAGACCGGCGCCAAGUACAACAGCACCGCGCGGAAAUACAUUGUGGACUGCAAGACCAAACUGAACCUGGAAAUUGAGCUGAACAUGAUCAAACUAAAAGUCCGGCCGGACGCUUUGAUUCAUCAAAUGAGAUGCAAAAGAUGCGAGUUAUUGGUUGAAGCAUUAGAAGGCAAUGAUACCUUAUAUUUGGGAGUUCCAUUGCUGGUCGAUAAUGGAAUUUGUUUGGACUUUAAGACAAAGAAGCAGCAUCUGUACAACGCCACCUACUCCGAGAAAACUCCAAUCUUGCAGAACGUGAAAAAGAACGGGGGAUUCUUAUCCAUUCAAAACGAAAAAUAUGGCAAACAUUGA